AUGAGCUACGGGGAGAUCCCGUUGUGGGAUUCGAGGGUGGACGAAGAGCCGUUUGCACUUCCGGUACCAAAGAAAACCACGUUGGAGAUACUUCCAGAGGAAUUUCGCAGAGCAUUGUCACCUGAGCGCUUUAUCGUAGAAGAAAGUUACCCUCCGCAUGACGAAGAGGCAAACGCUGCCUUUGAGGAGUGGGUGGGCUCCGAUGGCACGCAACGCCUGCUAAACACUGAGGAGAGUUACUGGGGUCACACUGACCAGCAAAGUUCGGCGGAAACUCUGGUCGGUAGCACUGAAGGUUCGACAAAAGCUUAUCUUCAACCUGGGGGCAAACGGGACUCUCAUUAUUUGAGGCCUGUUUUCAGAAUAUUUCUUGCCGGCGCAGCCUGCUUGCUGCUUCUGGCGCUGGGAGUCGGAGUGUGGGCGGUCACCAAACGGGGUGAGGAAACAUCAUCCUCGUCAGCAACGACUCUCUCCUCGGCGGAUGCAUAUGCCCGUACAAUAAUAUUAAUUUCAUUGGAUGGGUUUCGUGCAUCCUAUUUAAAUCGAAACCUCACGCCGGCUUUGGCUCAACUUGCGGCCGAUGGCAUUCAUGCAAAGACUAUGCAGCCAGUAUUCCCGUCCAUCACGUUUCCGAACCACUACAGUAUUGUCACCGGCUUGUAUCCAGAGUCACAUGGGAUUGUAGCCAAUGUCUUUUACGACCCUGAGAAAGACGACACGUUCGUCUACGUUGACCCGGCGAGCAAUGGCAAUGGUCAGUGGUGGGGUGGCGAGCCGAUAUGGGUGACGGCCAUUAAGCAGUCACAUCGAUCUGCAGCGUGCAUGUGGCCAGGUUCUGAAGCUGCCAUUCAAGAUAUCCGUCCAACGUACUGGUUCAAAUACAACCAUACCAUGCCCUUGUUCGACAGAGCGGAAAAGAUAUUGGAAUGGUUGGAAAAGCCCUUGGAAGAGCGCCCUUCAGUCCUUACCAUGUAUAUUCCCGAUGUGGAUUCAGCUGGGCAUUGGGCCGGAGUGGAUUCGAAAGAAGUCAAUGACUCUUUAGUUCGAGUGGACCAGGCUAUUGAGCACUUGCUGCAAGGACUGGAAGAGCGGAACUUGACGGGAAAAGUGAAUUUGAUGGUUGUGAGUGACCAUGGAAUGACAAACAGCUCGAAGGAUCGGAUAGUCUUCUUGGAUGAUUACAUCAACCUGAACGAUGUAACCAUUCUCGAGAACAAGCCACUUGUUAUGCUGUACCCGAAUGAAGGAAACGCUACCGAAGGAAUUCUCGAAGCGCUCACCAAAGGUUCCAAAGAAAACGGUCGCUUUAAAGUCUGGCGCCGUGAAGAUGCACCCGCCGAAUAUCACUAUUCUCAUUCAUCCCGGAUCGGACCGAUCGUGGCGAUUCCUGAGAAUGGAUGGGUUUUCGCCGUGCGCUCAACCUACGACCCGACAAAACCAUUUCAACCCAUAGGUCUCCACGGAUACAAUAUCACCCACCCAGAUAUGCAAAGCAUCUUCAUUGCGUCAGGACCGGCGUUCAGACCUUCUAAAGAACCUAUCCCUACUUUCCUGAACUUGGAACUUUACAACCUUAUGUGCCGCAUCAUGGAUUUGGCACCCGCUCCAAAUAAUGGGACCAGGGGCUGGAUGGAGGAAUUUGAAAAGAGAUGGCUAGCCCCUGGCUGGUAGAAUGGGUAGACAUUUAUUUGUAUAUAGGACUUAUAUUGUAAAAAUAUGGCCGUGUCUCGAGCGA